AGGCGUCCGCUCGCUUAACAACGUGGGUCGCGCAUGGAAACUGUUUUACGUUACAGCGAGGAUCGUCACCGUUUGACGUUGGCAUGGUGGUGCUUUCCUCUUUUCUAUGAUAGUCCCUGUUGCAAUGAAUGCAUUUUAUCGGCAUUUUAUAAGCGCAUUGCGGUGCGUACCGCCGUCCACUCGCAUGUGUAGCGUGAGGCGGGCUGUGCAUAUUUCAGCUAAACUGAGUUGCGAAGACCAUGACCUUGAUAAUGGAACAUCGUCCGACUCGGAAGAACUCGAUGCACUCUUAGCAAAGUACCCUUACAAAACCGUGCUUGUACCCGACGUUUCGGACACUCGGCUCCAGCGCCUGUUGUCCUCGGAGACACCGUCGGAGCUGUUUCGAUCCGUGUCUGAGCUUGGGACGCCAUGCCCACUGGUGUAUGCUGCGCAAGCAGUUGUGUCCCUGUGGGACCUCAAAAAACUUUCAAGAGCCUCAAACGAGACCUUUGAUGCAGUGGCAGUGCUUUUCUCAUCAGGAUUCAGCUCUUUGGUGGAUCAACUUCAUCGCGAGUGUGGCUCACUGACUAACAGCUGCCUCACAGCAGUGCUAGUUUCGUUGAAGAGGCUCCUUCAAGAACCUUCAAUUUCCAUCUAUCACGUGCUGCUUCGGGAAGCCGCCUCGCGUUGCUCGUCCUUUAACCUUCAAGAUCUUUCGCGCUUCAUUGUUAGCCUUAACCAAUCGAGAAAUGUCAAUCUCACCUAUCAGUGUCUUUCCGUUUCACGGUUGCAGGAGUUACUUCCGUCGUGCAGUACAGAGCAGGACUUAAAGUGUGCUGCGAUUUCACUGAGGCGCCUACUUCACCUGUCGUCACCAUCUCUCAUUGCUGCCUUCUGCGAUAAGGCCUCUGAGAUUUUGACUCCUGCAUCAAAUGCUCACACACUGCUUCGUAGCUUACCAGUUACCUCUCACGAGCCUCUGGGCAGCUUUCGUGACAGUUGUACGUCCAACAUCCUUGCUUACAUCGACCCACUCAUACCUUCGUUGGAUGUAAGGGACCUCACGUCUCUUGUCAAUACGGUAUCUGACACUCAUUGCAAUGCUAGUAGUACGAUUAAGUUGAUCCAAGAGCGAGCACUGCAGCUUUUCAAGGAAGCACCGUCUUUGUCAGCUAUGCAUGCUCUUGUCGUGGGUCCUCGCCUGCAGCAGCCAGAACGGCAGCAGAUCAAAAGUUCUCUUCCCCAACUUUUGGAGGCAGGCCUUUCGCAUCGCCGUGUUGUUGCCAUUGCUGACAUAGUCACAUGGCUUCCUAUCACCAGUUUUAGUUUGUUGUCCACGUUCUGGAACAUGGCAGCGGACCUGUCCAAUCCAUCGCUGAUGAUCCUCAUAAGACGUUACCUUUCCUGCUACCACCAUACUCGCUUUCGCAGUGAAACUUUUGAGUCCGUUGUGCUGGAGUGGAGCAAGGAAGAAUUGGAAAGCUCGUGGAAGCUCGCAGCAGUCGCUCUGGCAGCACAGUUCCUGCUGACGUUCAGACUGUCAGAACUAAGCCUCGAGAAUGUGUGCCGGCUCAGCUCACUCUCAAGCCGCUUUCGAAACUGGUCUCUGCUAGAACUCUCGCUGGGCCUUAAGGCGGCAGAAAAGGCAUCGUUCAGUAAGCUGAGGAGGGCCACCAGUCUUUCCCCCAUGCUGAUGGAUGUCAAGACGGACAUUCACAGGGAAGUCUGCAGACGAGUGGAAAUGGCUGAAGAUCUAGACGACCUGGCUGUAUUGGCUGUCUGCAGUAAAGUACUGUGGUCGUCAAGAGGACACAACAUCCAGCUGAAGGAGUGCAUUGCAACCAGGUCUGCUGCCUUGAUGGAGAAUGCCUCUCCUCGAUCUUUGGCGGCAUUCUGCAAAGUGCUGACUGCGGAACGACUAUGGCUUCCAGAUUACUUGAACCGGCUAGUGGUCCGCGCAGUGGGGAAGCCAGAUUGGUUAUUUCCUAUUACAUUGUGCCACUUGCCGUAUGCUUGCUUCAUUAGUGGCCUGGUUCCAAACAAGGCGGAGCAGCUUGCAAAGGUUGUGGGCUCCUUUGUUCUCAGAAGCUUCGAUGAACUGCCAACUCCUGAGGUGCUUCAGACAGCAGUGGCCCUAGGCUUCUUCCAGUGCUUGGGAAGCGACUUGAUACAGCGUAUUUUUGCUCUGCCCUUUAUGGAGCGCCUGGAUUGUGAGCUGACCGGAUCUGUUAAGAAUGAGCGAAAUGAUCACCACGUACGUGAGCUGCUGGCCACACUCAACCGUAUUGCCUGCCUGGACUUUCCGGAAGAGCACAUACCAUGGUUUCACGACCAGUUCUACGCUGCACGAGCCGUAAAUGCUCGAAGACACUUGACUGCCCUGCAAAAAGACGUUCAAGACAACCUGGAGCACGUCCUAGGUGGAAGUCAGUUUGUGCAGAGACAUGUGUUUGCACCGUAUGGCUACCUGCUUUCACUCUCCUGUGAGCUGGACGCAUCAAAGACACCUGUUGAGUUCAGCAGCAGCACCAGGGAACACCACAAGAUUCCAGAAAGCCAAGCUCCGGCAGCAUUUCAUAGGGCUCACAAAAGGAUCGCAAUUCUUGUCCUGGGAGAGAAAAGCUUCUGUGAGAACUAUCCCCAGAUAACAGGCUAUCAGCAACUUAAGAUAAGGCACCUCGAGAUCCUUGGUUACCAGCUGGUUCUGGUGCCAUUCUACGAGUGGAACUCAAUGAAGUUGGCCGAAUCAAGUGCCAAGCAAGACUACCUCCAUGGCAAGAUCUUUGGCAUCAGCUAACAGAUAACUCUGCGGAUAGCAAUUUACUGUGUAAUUUAUUCUUGUAAAGAGGACAUAGUGUACAAACAGAAUGACCUUUGUGUGCCUUGCUAAGUUGUUCUUAUUUUCUGCUAGCAUUUUACA